AAAUGAGUGAUAAUGUUUCCAUCGAAAUACCAACUCCACAUAAUGGUGAACCUAUUAGUAUGAUGGAAAUAUCACUGAACGGAAAAUAUCUUGUUACUUACAGUGAAGCAGACAAAAAAAUUGUUGUGUGGAACGUUGAAAAUAUUAAAGAUAUAAUAGAAGGCGAAGACUUGAAAGAAAAACAACAUAAAUUAUUACAAGCAUGA